GCGUUCGGGGGGGCGGGCCAACAUGGCAGGAACUCAGCAGUUAGCUAGCUAGCUCAUGAGGUGCUAAAACCAGCUGUAAAACCAGUUUAAUAAGAAAAUAAAGCCUGUUUGCAUUCAACAGGAAGUUUGUUUAAAAACAUAUUAAAGAAAUACAUUUACGUGUACUCAUGUUUAAUGUUAAAUGUGUCGAGGAAGAGGUGUAGUUGACGUUAGCUCCAAAUAUGCUAAUGGCUACAAGUAAACAUGCUGCCACACACUGGGGCUUUUAGCGUGAGGAUCCGUACUUGGUGACCCCCAGAGAAGAAGAAGGGAUGAAGAAGUGGAACUGGAGAGAAGGGCAACGGCCGUACAGGCGACGGGGAGCCGGGCAACGCAAUGGAUGGUACAGAGGCAACCGGCAAUGGGCAACACAGGACGACCAUGGCACUGGAAGUAAUAAUAAUAAUGCACGGCCACCAGUAAGAGCACCUCAGAGGAGAUUGGAAAACCAGUCCUCCUCUUCCUCAUCCUCCUCCCCCUCCUCCUCCUCAUCCUCCUCCUCUUCCUCCUCUCAGACCAGCAGUGCUGCACCAGAGCUUCCCGGCUUCUACUUUGACCAGGAGAAAAAUCGUUACUUCCGCCUGUUGCCCGGACACAACAACUGUAACCCACUGACCAGAGAGCAGUUGCAGGAGAAAGAGAGAGAGAAACAGAGAAACAAGAUGCUUGCAGAGGAUGAAAAGCCCAGAAAAAAAGCACCAAGAACAGGACUGAACACUUCGCUGCUGCUGCAGAAGAGACACCUCGGCAUGUUACCUGCAAACUCCUAUUGCAGGCUGGUCCAUGAGGUGAAGGUCAGCGGAAUGAGACGCCACAAACUGGAGAUCCAGAGCACGGACAACAGCAACCCCAACACCGACAACUUCAGGCUCAUAGUGGGGGACUCUGCAUGUGAGCGAGUGUUCACAGUCAACGACGUCUCACACGGAGGCUGCAAGUACGGCAUCAUGAACUUCAGCAGCAGCAGUCGGGGAUCUUUGUCUGUGGAAAUGUGCGACAACCUCUACUUCACAAACCGCAAGGUGAAUUCCAUCUGCUGGGCCUCGGUCAACUACCCAGACUCCCACGUCCUGCUGUGUCUGGUUGGAGCAGCAGACACCCCCGGCUGCGUCAGUUUACUUCCUGCUUCCCUCUUCAGCAACUCCAACCCAGACCAGCCCGGGAUGCUGUGUAGCUUUAAAAUAUCCUCAGCCUGGUCUUGUGCUUGGUGCUUCAACCCCCAGUUUGACAAGACCUUCAGCACUGGCUUAUCUCGUAGGGUGAUAGUGAAAGAUGCAGAGACGGGCCGAACGCAGACGUACAGCACCGGCAGCGACGUCUUGGCCCAGCAGUUCGCCCUCAGGGUCCCUGUGCUGUUUAACGGUUGCCGAUCAGGAGAGAUCUUCAGCAUUGACCUGCGUCAGCGUGGCCGCAGGGAUCAGAGCUGGAAGGCAAGUCGCUUCCAUCAAGAGUCGGCCAUCACCUCCGUACGCAUCCUCCAGGACGAGAACUACCUGCUCGCUGCUGACAUGCUGGGCCAGAUUAAGCUGUGGGAUGUGCGUGUCACAAAGCCAGUACAGGAGUACAAAGGGCACCACAAUGAGCAUGCCUACCUUCCCAUCCACGUCAAUGAGCCUGAGGGGCUUCUGUUGGCAGUCGGUCAGGAUUGCUACACAAGGUUAUGGAGCCUAAAAGAUGGCCAUCUACUGAGGACUAUCCCAUCGCCCCAUCCGGCCGCAAACGACCUGAUCCCCAGCGUGGUCUUCUCCUCCAAGCUGGGCGGCUGCAGGGGGCUUCCUGGCCUGCUCAUGGCCGUCAAACACGACCUUUACUACUUCCCGUACAACACCGACUACCAGGAAGGAGGAGAGGAGCCGGCGCGGCUUUUAGGAAAAGACUGAGAAUUUGAUCAUCUCACAUUUCCUAAAACACCAUGUUUUUGGGGGGUUUUUUGCCAAAUUUAUGGAUGGAGUGGUAUUUCAUAUAGGUAUUUUAUAAUUGAAAGGGUUCGGCCAGUGUGCUGUUGAUUUUCACAAGGCUGCACUGAACUUUGACCUCAGAAGAGUUACAUUGAAGUCUCAGGGGAAUGUUUUUUUUGACCCACUUGUUUGUGUCAAAUGGUGUGCCACAUACAAGAGCGCACACAAUGACUGGAGAUGAGAUUUCUGUAACCUUUAUAAAAAAAAAAGUGCUCUUACGACAUGAUUGACUUUGAUUUUUAAUGUGAUUUAGGGUGUCUCUGAUCUGAAUUUGAAAAGCGAUGAUACUGUAAAUCAAC